CGCACGAUGGCGAGACGGCAGCCGUCGAAAGACUAACACCGCAACCGAUCUUUACGCGGCUGGAGAAGAUCGUCUCGCGCCCGCUGACGUCUUCCGGUACACGCCGCUCUUACCAAAGCGAGCGGGGACGCCAGCGACCGCGGAGCAUCCCCACGUUGGACGGUCUCACGCCCGCCCCACGACAUGGGACCACGGAAGCGGCCUUGCCACAAGAGCCGCAGGGGCCUGCACAGUCGCGUUUUGCGUUCUUGAAGGGUCCCUCCUUGAUGACGUUUGGAAGCGCAGCCUCCGCAGGUACCAGCCGCGGUAUCACGACCUCGUCCGGCGAUACGUACGAGGUGGAGGAAGGCGUGCGGCCCGGUACUGGCGACCUGCAAAGUCCGUCGAGAGCUUACACUAGACCGGACACUCCAGGAUCGUGGAAGACCUUUGGGACCGAGGAGGCAGGCAAGCGGCCGAAGGGCUGACAGAAGUCGCACGUUGAGAUGUAUUCAUUUUUGUGUGUUU